CACCCUCCUGGUGCCCAGCCAGUUCCUAAUUCCCCCAAAGGCAAGAAAAAGAAACUUCGGAGAAAUCGAAACUACUGGGCAAAGGGACGGCCCACUGAGCACCAUCCAGUAUCCCACCCACAACUGCUCUGUCCCGGCGCCAUGAACCGCACUGUCCAGACCUUCGUCAGUGGCACCCACACCGGCGUCCCCCCGACCUACGAGAUGCUCAAGGAGGAGCAUGAGGUGUCAGUGCUGGGGGCGCCCCAGAGCUCAGCUCCCAUGACGACUACUGUGAUCAACAUCCACAGCGAGACGGCUGUGCCCGACCACAUCGUCUGGUCCCUGUUCAACACGCUCUUCAUGAACUGGUGCUGCCUGGGCUUCGUGGCAUUUGCCUACUCUGUGAAGUCUAGGGACCGGAAGAUGGUGGACGACGUGACUGGGGCCCAGAGCUAUGCGUCCACUGCCAAGUGCCUGAACAUCUGUGCCCUGGUCUUGGGCCUCUUUCUGAUCACUGGAUUCAUUGUUCUUCUGGGAUUUGCCAACCUGACCCUCUACCAGACAGCUACAAAGUCCAUGCAGGAGGGCAGAGGCCACUUCUAGCUGCCCAUGGCUGUGGC